AAAUAUAAUAACUAAUCGAAUAAUCUUAUCCAUCAUCACUUCAAUUUUUCUUUUUAACGUCAAAUUUCUUUUGUUCCUAAUUGUCUGAGACUUAAUCCAAAACCUUCCCCUCCUACGAUAUCGAAUGUACCACCACCAUCCAUCAUUAAUUCUAAAACCAAAUUUAUAGCAGCAACAUACUCGCUAUAUCCCAAUCCCUAAAUCUCUUCAAAAUCCUAAAUCAUCACCAAUUCAGAUCAAAUACAAGUAUACUUGCUGGAUUUGACACAGAAAGAAGCCGGUUACCUCUUCAAGAUUAGUGAUGGAAGGUUUGUGUCUCCCAAAGGAUGCUCUUUUUCUUGGAUUUGAUAGCUCCACACAGUCACUCAAGGCGACUGUGUUGGAUUCUAAUCUCUGCAUAUUGACUUCUGAAAUAGUCAACUUUGAUUCCGAACUACCCCAUUACAAAACCAAAGACGGUGUCUACAGAGACUCAUCAAUCAACGGCAGAAUCGUUUCCCCUACCCUAAUGUGGGUUGAAGCACUAGACCUAAUUCUUCAAAGACUUCAAGACUCAAAAAAAAUCGAUUUCAACAAACUCGCUGCUGUUUCGGGCAGCGGGCAGCAACACGGUAGUGUGUACUGGAAAAAGGGUAGCUCUAACAUUCUGUCAUCUUUGGAUCCUAGAAAGCCGUUGGUUGAUCAAUUCGGUCAAGCAUUUUCAACAAGAGAAUCACCGAUUUGGAUGGAUAGUAGCACAACAGAACAAUGCAGGGCUAUUGAGAAUGCUGUUGGCGGUCCGUUAGAGUUAUCAAAGCUGACUGGCUCCCGGGCCUAUGAACGGUUCACGGGCCCACAAAUUAGAAGGAUUUUUGAAACGCAACCUGAAGUUUAUAAUGAUACCGAACGGAUUUCACUUGUGAGCUCUUUUGUUGCAUCUGUUUUGAUCGGAAAGUAUGCAUGUAUUGAUCACACAGAUGGGUCUGGAAUGAAUUUAAUGGAUAUUAAGGAAAGAGUUUGGUCAAAACAGGCUUUGAAGGCCACAGCUCCGGAUUUAGAGGAAAAACUUGGGACGUUAGCUCCUGCUCAUGCCGUUGCUGGUUUAAUCGCGCCAUAUUUUGUUCAGAGGUACCAAUUCAACAAGGAGUGUUUGGUUAUUCAAUGUUCAGGAGAUAAUCCGAACAGCUUGGCAGGAUUAACGAUCAAUACACCAGGGGAUUUGGCAAUCAGUCUUGGCACCAGUGAUACUGUAUUUGGGAUAACCAUGGAUCAUAAGCCGAGCAUAGAGGGACAUGUUCUACCGAACCCUGUUGAUCCUGAAAGUUACAUGGUUAUGUUAUGCUACAAAAACGGGUCUCUAACUCGUGAAGAUAUACGUGAUCGAUGUGCGGAUAAAUCUUGGGAUGUUUUUAAUCAGUACCUGAAGCAAGCUCCAGCCUUGAAUGGUGGAAAGCUAGGUUUUUAUUACAAAGAUCAUGAAAUUCUUCCGCCCCUCCCCAUCGGUUACCAUCGAUACACCCUUGAGAAUUAUAAAGGUGACACGCUGGAUGGUGUCACUGAACACGAAGUAAAGGAGUUUGACCCUCCUUCUGAGAUUAGAGCUCUUAUUGAAGGUCAAUUCCUUUCCAUGAGAGGUCAUGCCGAAAGAUUCGGGAUGCCAUCUCCCCCGAAACGGAUAAUCGCAACCGGUGGUGCAUCUGCAAACCACAGCAUUUUGACCUCCAUCGCGUCCAUUUUCGGUUGCAAUGUUUACACAGUCCAAAGACCAGAUUCAGCUUCGUUAGGAGCGGCACUGAGGGCGGCCCAUGGCUGGCUGUGCAAUCGUAAUGGCGGUUUUGUGCCUAUUUCAUGCUUGUAUAAAGAUAGAUUGGAGAACACAGCUUUUGGAUCUAAACUUGUUGCGACGGUUGAAGAUGAUAAACUCGUCGCUAAAUAUGGAGUUUUGGUGAAGAAACGUAUGGAGAUUGAGAACCAGCUUGUUCAGAAAUUGGGACGUUGAUUAUAUUUUGUAAAGUUGAAGUCAUGCUUUGGGUUGUUUUUUACUAGUGAAAAUAAUUGACAUUUGAAAUUUUAAUUUUAAUUUUAAUUUUGUAAGUUAUCUUGUAUGUUUAAAAGGGUGUUUGGGAUUAUGUUUUGAAGUGAUUAUUUGAUUA